AUGUUACGGCUCUCGCGAAACGGUCGAAAUUGGAAGAGGUCACUUGUGAAAGCAAAGCGGAUUGGCGAAGUCAGUCCUCUUGUCAAAAGUGAUGCCAAGAACCCGGAAUUAAUCCCUCGAGGCUUUGCGCGUCUCCUCGAUCAUUCACAGGACAGUCUCAGACACAUACAGUGGCUUUGGAAGAAAGACAUCCUCGGCCAGGAUUCAUUUCUUAUCGGACCACCUGGACCGAGAAAGAGAUGGCUUGCGCUUGCCUCCGCUGAAUUAAGCAACAGAGAAGUUGAAUAUCUCUCUCUAUCACGAGACACAACAGAAACUGAUAUCAAACAAAGAAGAGAAAUCAUCGAUGGAAACGCAGUAUACAAAGACGCAGCGGCCAUUCGCGCUGCUGUGAACGGAAGAAUUCUUGUUUUGGACGGAAUCGAGCGCUGUGAGCGAAAUGUUCUCCCUGUUCUGAACAACUUGCUUGAAAACCGUGAGGUCCAACUUGAAGAUGGUCGAUUUUUGAUGGCGCCGAGUCGAUGGGAUCACCUUGUAAAGACAGGAAGCCCGGAACAAAUGGUAGAAGCUGGAUUGAUUCGUGUGGACGAGUAUUUUAGAGUGAUUGCUCUUGGCUUGCCAGUACCGAUGUUCAAGGGUGCACCGCUCGAUCCUCCACUUCGCUCGCGAUUUCAAGCCAGACAAAUCGAACAUUCAAAAUACCACGAUAUCAAAAACAUCACAGAAGCGUCACAAAAAGAGUCGCUCAGCAAACUUCUAGAUGUUGGAUAUGCUAUCAACUCCCCUGAAGCCAGAAAACUCGGCGCCGGAGUCUUUCCUGUCGACAUGGUCCCCCGGUUGUCGCCUUUGAUGAAUGAAUGUCACACACCCUUCGCUCUGUUUGACAGAUUGUAUCCUUAUGAAAGUGGAAUGCUUACCGAUAGCUCCGUAAAGAGCGUCAACGGCCUUCUAGCGUCUGACAAACUUGAUCUUCCACGAGAACGGCAUCAUUUGUCCGUUCAAAGUAUCAAUUUCGACAAUGAAAAAGCCGAAAUAAACGUCUCUGGAAAAACUGGACUCAUGAGCAAAGCAGAACAGAGUUUUUCAAUGCCCUCUGCAGCGAGUAAAAGCAGUGAGGUGAAUCAAGAUCGCUUGUUCUAUCCAACUGGCGGUCGACAACACCAGCUCGUCGAUAUUCUUGCAUCGCUGUCCGUUGGAGACGUGGCUUUGAUUGGAAACCGAGGUGUGGGGAAGCAAACUCUAGCGAACGAGGCUGCCCGACUUCUCGGACAAAAAGUAGAGCCGGUGCUUCUUUACCAGGAUAUGUCCGCCCGUGACCUUCUUCAACAGCGUGUGACAGACGACAAAGGUGAUACAAUCUGGCGAUACAGCCCUCUAGUGAAUGCAGCUAUCGAAGGCCGCAUCGCAAUCAUCGAUGGAUUAGAUCGACUCUUCCCAGGAACACUGGCAUUGCUCAACCGGCUCACGCAAGAUCGCGAAAUUUCGCUUCACGACGGGACACGACUUGUCUCCGCAGAAACAUUCGCGGAAAUGCUUUCCGAGCAGAAAAUCUCACCUGCCGAGCUCAACGAAAAAGGUAUUAACGAGAUCCACCCUGCCUUCAAAAUAAUUGCACUGGCGGAACCUCCUACGUCAAAAACUCAAUGGCUCACGCCGGAAAUUGUCCCUGGAUUUUUAUGGCACCAGGUUGCUCCUUUUCCACAAAAUGAUGAGACCAGUUUACUCGUUCAAUCCCUCGGCGUGGAACAAUCCGUUGCUGCUGAUAUGACUCGUUUUGCCCACUCCCUGAGAAGCAGCACCGACCCUGCUCUCAGAAGCAUCGCCCAAUCUUUCUCCACAAAACAGCUUAUCCGAGUAGCUCGGCGAAUCUCUGAGUACCCAUCUUUGAAUCUCCGCGAAGAACUUCAACGCGCAGCGCUAACCAACUUUUUGCCACUGUCGACCCAAGAAGCACUCGAUCGACAAAUGAGCUCGUUUCCAGCCCCGUCGAGUGCCAUAAAACCAACCCAAAUUACCUCAACUCCAGAUAGCCUCACAAUUGGUUCAGUUUCUUGUUCGAUUUCUCCUGCUGAAGAACCGAGAAAAGUUCCAUCUCCACUUUUUUAUCAUAAUGAUGCGCAAGAUAGAUUUGAUAACCCUUUCGAAAGAGUAUUGGAAGCUCUUUUAUCCGACUGGAUCCUUGGCGAACACAUUCUUCUUGUCGGCAAUCAAGGAGUUGGGAAGAAUAAGUUGGCUGAUAGGUUUUUGGAAUUGCUCCAGCGCGAGCGCGAAUAUAUCCAGCUCCACAGAGACACAACAAUCCAACAGUUAACGGCAUCGCCUGCACUGAGAGACGGAAAGCUUGUUUACGAAGACUCGCCCCUCGUCAAGGCUUGCCUGAACGGUCACGUGUUGGUCAUCGAUGAGGCCGACAAGGCGCCUACUCAUGUGACGGCAGUUUUGCGUUCGCUUUUGGAAUGUGGGCAUAUUCGGCUUCCAGACGGACGAGUCAUUUCGAAGGAAGACGAUGCCGAUAUUAAGUUACAUCCCAAGUUCAGGAUUCUAGCGCUGGCAAAUAGACCUGGAUUCCCCUUCCUCGGAAAUGAUUUCUUUGGAGCCUGUGGCGAUUCCUUUUCCUGCUUCGCAAUUGACAACCCGAGUAUUGAGUCUGAGAAGAAAAUGCUCAAGUCUUACGCACCAGACCUAGAAGAUCAUAUUCUCGACCGUUUGGUAGCUACUUUCGGUGAAUUACGAAGCCUUGCCGAUCGCGGUCAAACACAGUAUCCUUACAGUACUCGAGAAGCAGUGGCGAUUGUGAAGCAUUUCCAAAAGUACCCUGAAGAUGGCCUCCAGACUGCGUGUGAGAAUGUCUUUGACUUUGACAUUUACAACGAGGAGGCGUCAAAACAAGUGCUCGAGGUUCUUAUGCGUCAUGGUAUUCCAAUAAACGCUCGGAACGAUGAUAUUCGUCUUGCCGCCGAAUUGCGUCUGUCCGACCCGCCCAAGUCUCAGGGCCAUUGUAAGAAGGAAACGCUGAAUGUGGAAGAAGCUAACGUGCCUUUUAAGAGCUGGCCGAAAGCAAAGGACCACUCUGAACGACGUAACUUCUUUUCUGAGCAGCGAAGGUCAUUCCAACUACCUGAGUACGGUCAGUCGCAAAAGCCAGCUUCCGUCGCCAUUUCUUCGGAUAACAUCAUCUCCGUGGCAGUUCAAGGUCCCAUCGGCGUCUUUUCACACACCAAACCUGAUGGAAUUAUUUAUUUCGACUUAUGGGAUGCCUUUCAAAGUGGCCGCUACGGUUUCCAGCCGAAGCUCAAUAUCUGUGCUCUGCCAAACAACGAAUUUCUGGUCCAGGAAUCGGUUACCAAUCAAAUGAUGGUUCUUCGGCCUGAAGAAGAGUCUUCUUAUCGCCUUAGUCCGAGCUCGACCUUCUCAAGCAUCACAAAGUUUGGCUACUCUCGAGGAGAAGCAAUGCCUGGCGGCGUGAAUGACCCCCGCCCGGAUAAAAUGAUGAAAAACUUCCAAAUUCUGUCGCCGUACAGCGAGUCUGAUGGAAUUGUCUGGUUUUUCUCCGCCAACAAUCCGUUCAUUCACCAACUCACUUUUGUUGAAGAUGAGAGGCCAACGAUGAAACGUAUCGAUCUCGGAAUUCUGCCGAUGAGUGCUCAAGCUUUCGACAAAAACACUCUCCUCGUUGAAUCUGUUGAUGGUGAAUACUGGCUUGUGAAUCUUGAAUCUGGUCACAUGCAGUUCGUGGAAAACGGAGCACCGAUUUCAAUCAGUCCAUUUUCCAAGGAACCGAAAGAAGGCGAAGCUCCUGAAACUCCAAAACGCGGGUUCGUAUCCGGCUGGUCAUCAGCUGGCUGGCUCGUUGGUGCGCCAACUGCUGAUAAAUUCGAGGAAUUUCAGUAUCCAAGACCAGAAGAUGUCGCUGGAGCGACAAUGUCAAAGGCUCAUUGGAUUUCUCCAACUAUGGUUGCGCAACUUGUACCACCAAAACGCGUUCCUGGUUACAUCUUUACCGAAUCGAACCCUCGUCCUCUUGGCGCUGGAGCCUUCAUCGAAGUUACCGACUUGAAAGAGAAAAAAGUCUCUUACAUUCCAGUACCCGAAGUUGACCAUGAUCGCUGGUGGGCUGCUGCUAGAAAAGAAGACUUUGCCCUUGGUGCAAGUGUGAGUAACGGAACAGUCGUGACUGUGGAUGGUAUUGGAAAUGUUAGAGAGUUUGACAGCUGCCGCGAAAAUUUGGCAUCGGCGAUGACGCAGUGGAAAAAUAUGGUCGGCCAGGGCGAUGGAGAUGUUCGUCUCGAGUAUGAGCGUCAUUCCGGGCUUGAUACAUCAUCGCCUAAGCACGGAAAGGAAGACCCGAAGAAUGAGCCCCACGUUGGAGGCAACACUUGGGCUGGAGGCACUGGCGGUCGAGAUACUGCUGGCCUCGGUGGCAAAGGAGGUCCUUACAGACUUGACAAAGGUCAUGAUGUUCACCAAUUAUCGGAUGAGGAAAAGGCAGAUGUCCCCGAACACGUCCGUCGAGCAGCAAGAGAACAAGCCGAUGCAGCAUUGCGGGACAGACUGAAAGAAAUUAGCAUGAGUAAACAUGACCACGAAGCUUAUCAGCAGUUUCGAGAACCGAUUCGUAAUGAUAUCUCAAAUAUGAGAGCGCUUUUCGAGGGCCUUCAAGCAAAAACAAAAGAACGAGAGUGGCUCAAUAAUCAAACUGAUGGUGAACUUGACGAUAAUAAGCUAGUUGAAGGACUUGUUGGCGAGAAACUCAUUUAUCGCCGACGACGAGAGCCGGACAACAAUGACCAAGGGUUCGAUAAUCAAAAGCCGAAGCGACUCACGAUUCUUGCUGAUUGUUCCGCUUCGAUGUACCGAUUCAAUGGCACUGAUCAGCGACUUACUAGGCAGCUAGAGUCACUCUGCAUGGUGAUGGAAGGGCUUGAUUCAGAAGCAGCGAGGAACAAAGUGAAAUGGGACAUUGUAGGCCAUUCUGGUGAUCACCGCUACAUUCCCUUAUCACUCGUAGAGAACAUGCCCAAAACCGAUAAAGAGCGACUCAAGGUGCUUCAAGAAUGCGCUUCUCAUCCCCAGUUUUGCUUCCCGGGCGACAACACAAUCGAGGCGACCCGUGAGCAGAUCCGACGAUUGGCAGCUGACGAGGAAGCCGACGAGAGGUUUCUGAUCUUACUGACGGAUGCGAACUUGGAGAGGUAUGGAAUCCCGAUCAAAUACUUGCGAGACGCGCUUGACCUCGAUCAAGCCGUCAACACUUGCGUCAUUUGCAUUGGGUCGCUCGGGGAUCAAGCAGAAAGGAUGAAAAGCGAGCUACCAGCUGGGAGAUCUUACAUCGUGAAAGAGCCAAAUGAGAUACCAGCGAUUUUGAGAACGUUCUUCCAAUCGACCUUGCUCAAACUUUAG